AUGAUCACCAAUAUUUGUCAAGAAAGUCAAAUAUCAAUUUCUGCGCCUAAUAUUAGAACUCUACUACUAGAUAAUAAUGAUGUCAGAAUCCUCGCCAACAGGUGUUUUAAAACCUUUACAAAAUUGAAAACUUUAUCUCUAGUAGAUAAUCCAUUAGUUCAGAUCACUGCUUCUUCCUUUUAUUUAACCCCGGAACUAAAAGAAAUAACAUCCACUAGAGAAUAUCUAUGUUGCAUCGUUCCAGCUACAGUUGGAUACUGCAAGCCAUAUAUUGAACAAGAUGCAUUUACAACAUGCUCAGAUAUUUUAUCUCAUUAUUCUCUCAAGUUAUUUGUCUGGGUAAUUGGAUGUCUUGCCUUUAUUGGAAAUUUAAUGGUUAUCUACAUUCAGUUUUUUAAAGUUACUAACGAAAGUGAACCUGUUCCAAUGCUGUUGAUUACCAAUUUGGCAGUGUCAGAUCUAAUAAUGUCUAUUUACAUGCUAAUCAUCGGUAUUGCAGACAUAAUAUAUCACGAUCAUUAUGCAUAUAAUGCAGAAACUUGGCUAAGAAGUAUAACAUGUGGUAUAGCUUGCUUUUUAUGCUGUUUUGCUAGCUUAAUGUCAGUGUUAAUGAUGUUUAUUAUUAGCAUUGAUAGGUAUAUCUAUAUUGCAUUUCCUUAUUCCACUGUUAAACUAUCGCCUUACUAUGCCAAAGUUCUUAUGGUGAUUUCGUGGUUAUUUUGCUUGAUAUUUGUUUGCAUACCAACUGCAUACGGUCUGAAGACAGAUGGCAACCACAGAUUGUAUCGAUACACUAGCAUUUGCAUGGCAAGCAACGUUAAGAAUUAUUACUAUCGCUUAUGGAUUAUUGUUUACGUUUCCAUUACCUUAGUAUCCUGGCUAAUCACAUGCAGCUUAUAUGCUCAUAUGUUUAUAGCAAUUCACAAGACUGCUAAAGCUACUGUAUCUACUGCAUCUGAUAGUGAAAAGCGAAUUGCUAUUCGAUUAUUUGCGAUCAUUGUAACUGAUUUGGUAUCUUGGCUUCCUUAUUAUUUCUACACCAUUCAGCUUCUAAUCAGUCCAACAUCAUCUGGUGUUAUUGUAUUACAAUUUGCAGUCAUACUAGCAUUGCCUAUUAAUUCAGCUAUUAAUCCCUAUCUGUACACGUUAACCAGUCCCCGUAUCAUUAAAUUAAUUCAACGUCGUAUCCAUAACUACACCCAUUUAGGUAGGAUUGAACCUCGCAGCGACGACCAAACACCACUGCGUACUAGCGGCGUAAGCGAACUAAAAGAUACUUUUCCUCGUUCGAAUGGCCAGAAAUUAACUGCAUAG